UUCUAUGAAGCAUGUGCAAAACUUCUUUUAUUUAGUGUGCUUUUAACUUAUUUUUAACUGAUGUUGGGGGCAAAAAUGAUCUAAAUUAUAGAAUCAUAGAAUGUUUUGUGUUGAAGGGCCCUUCCCAGCUCCCCAGUGCCCCCCCUGCCAUGACAGGGACAUCUUCACCAGCUCAGGUUGCUCAGAGCCCCGUCCAGCCUGGCCUGGGAUGUCUCCAGGGAUGGUUCAUCUACCCCCUCUCUGGCCAACCUGGGCCAGGCUCUCACCACCCUCAGGGCAACAAUUUCAUUAUAUCCAUCCUGAAUCUCCCCUCUUUUAGUUUAAAACCAUCACCCCUUGUCCUAUCACAACAGGCCCUGCCAGGUCUGUCCCCAUCAGCAGCUUUUCUCCAGAGACACGGUGGCAUGAAGGUAAUUACCAAAACGAGGUUUAAACCAUGAGGGUCAACCCACGUCGCUCUGUACCGGUGGCUGCUGCAUCUGCCGCGGCUUCACCAUAGUCGGGGUUUGUUGGUCGGCUCAGGAUGUAGGGUGACUCAGGAUUUGGGGUGACUCAGCGCUAAGUCCAGCUCUUCAUUAUUCAGCAAAAUGGGGAUGGGAUGGAAACAUCUUGCGGGUCAUAAGUGUCAUCUACAACACAUGGGAAGGUUGUUUUGUAUAUCGCUUCACUUUUUUUUAGCUCUUGGGCUAAUUAUCUUGAAAUUUGAUGAAUUUUUUAAGUAAUUACAAGCAGUGAUCUCCGGGGAGGCGCAGACAGUUUGGAUGGAGAGGCAGCGCUCAGCCUGCACGCAGCAGGAGGGGGAUUUGAAAUGAGUUUUAAACACUUCUCACGAGUGAGCGGAUUUACAGGGGGCUGUAAAUAUUUUGCGGUGCUGAGUUACGGCAGCACCGCGCAGGCCUGGGCUUGCUGGCACCGCUGUAAAGGCACCGGUGUGUGCACAGAGCCUGGUGGGGCUUGUAAAUCUCUGCAAAGAGAAGGUAUUGGGUCAGAUUGGUACAGGGAGAGCGGCUGGGAUGGGGAGAUCUGCACCCAUGGGCUACGUCUCGGGGCUCAGCCUGUCCAGCCUGUUCCAAUGGGGAUUAAAGAUGAUGAUGCAAAUAAUAAUAAUAAUAGUAAUAAUAAUAACAGUAAUAGUAAUAAUAAUAGUAAUAAUAAUAAUGAUGAUGUAGCAGAGAGAACAUUGAAUUUUGGGGGCCAAUUGUGUCCUUGGGAUGCAGAGGCUUCUUGAAGCCCAUGGUACCAUCAGCUCAGAGGAGCAGAGCUGAACCCCAGGGGACUGUCUGCUCAUCUGAAUUUGCAUUUCAUUAAUAAUGAAUGAAGGCUAAUUUGCUGUAAUUAGGCCCCGGACCCUGCCAAAGUGGAGGGUGUUUUUGGACUAAGCCAAUUAACAGCGUCGCGUUGCAGCGUUUAACAAGCUUGGGGAGGCCACGUGCUGCAGGAGGUGAGGCAGCGCUGGGGGGUGACAGCAAUUAGCCAGGGUGACGAAGCGCUGCCCAAUUAGUCAUCAGGUACAAACAGGCUCUUGCAUUUGGAGCACUAGUGUGAUGGAGCGGCUGAGGGACCUGGGGGUUCGGCUGGAGAACAGGAGCUGAGGGGAGACCUUCUGAUCUCUGAACUGCCUGAAAGGAGCUUGGAGCCAGGGGGGUCGGGCUCUGCUCCCCAGGAACAAGCGCCAGGAGCAGAGGAAACGGCCUCAAGUUGCCCAGGGGAGGUUGAGGUUGGAUCUGGGAACAAUUUCUUCCCCAAAGGGCUGUGGGGCAUUGGAACAGGCUGCCCAGGGCAGUGCUGGAGUCACCAUCCCUGGAGGGCUGGACAGACGGACAUGAGGUUCUCAGGACAUGGGGCAGUGCCAGGGUGGGCUAUGGUUGGACUCGAUGAGCUCGAGGGGCUUUUCCAACCAAAAUGAUUCUAUGAUUCAUGUUGUUCCUGAUCAUUCCGUGAUCGUUUCUGUGUGCAGUUUGAUUUCCCAGCCGGGCUGGGUGUGCAGGAUCUUUGGUUCCCACACGAGGGCUCUGUCUGCAUUGGCAAAGGCCGCACGUCGGGUUUUCCAGCAGAGCCCGUCCUGACCCAGCCCGGCCCGGGGAGAAAGUUUCAUGAGCUUGUUCCUCGCCCUUGAGAGAAAUGGAGAGAAACACCGGCACAGAGUGUUCGACGUGGUGCUGAGGGUCCCUGCCAGUCACUUGCCUGUGUGCACUGAGGAAUUGCUUUGGGCUGCACAUAUAUUAUAUAAUAUUAUGUAAUAAAUUUUGAGGUUUUUGUUGAGUUGUUUGGUUUGUUUGGGGUUUUUUGGGUUUUGUGUUUGGUGUUUUUUUUCAGGUUCCUUUUGCAGGGGCCAGUGAGAACUUGAUGACGUGAACCCCGACAUUUGGACUCAAUGGAGCACUUUUGUCCUGUGCUAAAACACAUUGGCCUGGGAAAGGAAAGAAAGACGGAAAGAAGAGAGAAGGACAAAGCAAAAUAAGAUGAGAAGAGCAAGGGGGAUGAGAGAGGGUGAUGUAUCCCCCGGUAAGCAGCUGAAGCAGGGGAUCAACCACAACAUCCAACACUUAAUGAGCCAAACCGCACCUUGAAAAUAAAAUGUAUGCUAUACCUCUUCCUUUAUUUUGUUAGGGGGAACAUGUCUGCUUUUUGUUGUCACCUCUUUUUCCAGAGAGGAUUUUUAAUGCUGCAUUUUGAGCAUUUGCAGGAGCACGAAACCACGUGGACUCUCUCCAAAUUUGCCCCUAGAAGGACCGAACAAUGCCGUGGCCGUGGCUGUGGCUGGAUGCAGCGGGUUUGGCGUUUCCCACCAGCAGCUCUGCUCCUCUCGCCUCUGGCAGCGCCAAGACAGACCCAAAGAGCUGCUCAAAUAACACCAACCCAAAAUCAACCAGCCCCCUGCACAUCGCAAGUGAGUCACAUCCUUGAUCUCUGCUGCUGGUUAAAAGCAGGUAGGAAAUAGAGAACUAUCGAGAUAUACAUAUAUAUUAGUACAUGUCAUCACCGGCAUGCCUCUGGCACCAGGAGGAGGAACCUGCUUUCCCCAAUGGGUAAAGACCUUCAGACACCUCCCCUUCUCCCCCCAGGUCGCUUCAACGUCUGGAAAGCAGCAGCUGUGGUUGGGAAGCAGCUCUCGGGGGCCGGUGCAGCCAGCGGAAGAGCAGAGCGCGACGCAGGGGACGUGACAGCCGGGGCACGGCGACGCGUGUGGGGUUUGAGCUGUGACGGCAGCCACAGGAACCACCGCUGCUGCAGGUCUCUGAGCUCGCUUUUGCUCCAGGGUGGGGACAACAGGAACCUUUAAGUCUGACUCUUAAUGCCACGAGGGCAGGGGCCGGCCGUGGCGCUGACCACCAUCUACGCCAGGCCAGAGGUGCCGCCGCGCUCAGCUCCCGGCGCCCGCGCGAAGCUUCCCGGUCCUUGGUACUGGGCGCUGCUGGGAACCGGAUGGGUCGGGACCGCGGUCCUGACGGGCGUCGUGCUGUGGCUGCUGCAGCGACAGGGCGGAAACGGCCCCGUCCUGAGCCAGGACAUGGAGACCCCAGCCAGCAAAUGCUCCUGGGAAACCUGCCUGGUCACCAGCAGCCGCCGGGACGUCCCGGAGUUCAAAUGCUCCUUGAAUUGCUUCCAGCUGCAGCUCAGACAGCGGCUGUGUGAGCCAGGGAGCCACAACGUCACAGGUACCGCGGGCGCCUCGGCUUGCCGGCUCUGUCCCGCCGGCUGGCAGCCGUUCGCAGCCAAGUGCUACUGGGUGUCCACAAAAACCAGCACCUGGGAGGAGGCGGCGGAGAACUGCGGGUACCAGCGAUCUCAGCUGGUGGUGCUGGAGAGCGCGGAGGAGAAGGCUUUCAUCGGGGAGAUGACCAGAACCAGCUCCGGAGCCUGGAUGGGGCUGAGCAUCGACCAGACGCGCGGGCAGGAGUGGAGCUGGUGGGACGGAUCCGCGUUACAAGCAGCCCUGUCUCCGGUGCUGGGUCCCGUCCAGGCGAAGGCUUGUGCCGCGAUUCGGGGGGGGCAGCUGCGUUCCCACAUCUGCAGCGCUCCACUGCAGUGGGUUUGCCAGAAAAAAGCCACCGAGAUUUAAGCCGGAGGAAAUGACCAGGAAAACCAGGACAAACGCAGCGCUGGGUAAUUCACCGGGACGCCAAAACACAUCCCAGAGCAGCGGUUGGGGCUCCUUGCUGAGGUCGGGGUCUCCACUUUGUAUUUCUGCCCAUUGCCUCCAGAUCCUCCAAACCCAGAUAAAACCAAACCAAAACCAAAACCAAAACCAACACACACAACACCGAGGACGGGAAAACCAGCGGGACUGAGCUCCAUGGGGCGGCAGCGGCAGAGCGGGGAGUUUUCCAAACCCCUCGAGUGUCCCCGAGUGUCCCCGCAGCUGCAAACGCUGGAAAGACACUUGUGGUCAAACCCGAGUGAGGAUUCUUUGGUCUCAGCUUUGUGUCAGCGUUGUGAGGCGUUUCUGCUUUUGUAACCUAAAACCAAAAUGAAUUUGCACCAUUGCUAACACGUCGUGGAGGGUUAAUAGCAGCUUGUGGUUGAUCCCCUCUGCCGAGGGGGAAAUUUCAGGUGAAAUUGGGGAGGGUUUAUGAAUCCUUCUGAAUGGCGCUGGGCCGGUUUUGCUGGUGGCUGCAGACAGAGAAUUUCGUCUGGGAGCACCAGUCGCUGCUGACCCCGUCCUGGUUGAUAUAGGCACAUUGUCCCUUUCCCCGGACAUCAAACCUGCAUCAAAGAGCAAAAGGAAAACUCAGUGGUGUUGCUGUUGGCCUCAGGUCGGCGGCUGAGCAUCUUCCAGGCGGGAAACAGCGCCGCAGGGAGCAGGAACACCUUCCCAGCACAAAAAAUGCCCCACGAGAACAAAACCCACGUCCCCUCCACAAAGGAGGGAAUAGUGUCGGUUGUGUGACCCCGGGAGGGUUCAUCCCUCAACCCCCGCCAGCAUCUGCAUCCCACGGACCCACAGACUCUGGUCCAAGCGCUUCAGCUCAAGCAAGAAAAGUCGUGCUUAAUUGCUCUCAACUCAUUAAAUUUAUAUAUAUAUAUAAUAUAUAUGUGUCUUCUGGCAUUCAGUCCCCAGCCCAGCCCAGGACAUGGUUUUGUUCUCCAGAAGAAGAUGGGACGUACCAGUUGUUGAAGAGAGACCCGUUGACCCAUUUCCAAGGUCCAGACUCUUCCCUUUGGAGACCCAACCAGUAGUGCAAGGAGCGCCCAUAGCGCAAGAGGAAACGCUAGGGUGGGAAAAAAUCAACAUCAGAGAUGUAUGUUCAUGUUACACCCUCCAUGGGAACCUCAAAUCGACUCGGAAACACCGUUUCUCAGGAAUGUCCUGUUUACCAGCUCCUCCCAGCUGUCGAUGGUGGCCAAAUGCGCCCCCAGAGAAACGCACACGAUUCGACUCCUGUUCCACUCCGCUUCGUCCUCAAUGAAGUAAAAGCACUUUUCCCCGUAUCCAAUGCCAUUGUUCAGGCAGCUGGGAAGGACGUGAGAGGGGCAGGACGGGCAUUUCUUAACUGGAAAGGAGCAGAAUACGUCCUGGUGACUCAACCCGGUGGGUUUUCUCCAGGGGAGGAGAAGACUUUGGGGGUCGGCACCUCCAUCCUCAGCCACUUACCCGCCAGCGCGAUGAUGGUGAGGAGCAACGCGGCUACGACCACGGUGACCCCGAUGGGGACCUUUUGAUCCUUAAUGCACUUAAGGCUAAAACCUGGGUACAAACCACAUGGAAGAUCACAAAGAGCAGCCCUAGCUCCCGCAGCUCUUGUGUUCCCCACUCAGCGGCCUUCAGCGCCUUUAAAUCCGGCCACAAAGCACGUGGGGGGUACAGUGGGGUGCAGGCUCAGUUCAGGGGUGCAUCCCAGUGCUUUCAAAGGUCUCAGGGAUUUUUAGGGCUGUCUGACCUCACUGAAUCCUCUCCAUCCCACCACAAUCACAAGAGAUGGGCACCAUCCCCCAGACCCACCAUUUGGGCCACCCUGUGCCUCCCGCAGCUUGCAAAUAGCUUUACUUGCAUCCUCCUGCCCCUCUCCCCAGCUAUUUUAACCUAAAUUUUAGCUGCCCGUGUCACACUCAGCCCAACCACAACCUCCCAAGGUCCCCAUGGCAGGGCUGGUGCUCACUGGUCCUUGGCUCUGCUCUCUGCUGCGGCAGCAUCGUUACAGCCGUCGGGUCUUCACCUGUGCCAAAGCAAGAAGCCCAUAGAAUGUAAAGAGUUACUGCCGAUGCUGUGACAUUAUUCAGUAGGAAAUUACUACUGUUGCCUGUCUUCCUCAUGAGACAGCAAAAGGGAAAAGCAUCAUUUCUCCUCCAGCUGGUUUACAUGCGCAGCAGGAAGGAAAACAUGAUUUCUGCCUUCAAAAAAACAUUAUUCACUUUGUUUUUCCAAACCAGCCUUGAUUUCACCAGCUCCUGCCAGCCCUGUUUGCCCUGGGGAGGUUUUGUCUCAAUUCUGUCCCCAUUUCUUCAGCUACAAGGUGUUUUCAGCACCAGGACCCUCAGGUCACCCCACGUGCUGCUGGAUGGUCCUUCAAACCCAUCUGAGCCGCGUCCCCAGCACAGAAACCACCCGCUCGUCCCCAGGGCGGCUUUAAAGCCUCUGGGAAAGGGGCUGGUGCUCAGGUACCUGCAUCACUAAGAGCUUCUGCCAUCCCUGGUGCUGCGGAGGGGACAGAUGGACCCUCUGGGGACAAGCGUGUCCCUCAGCUCCGCCGGUCCUGCUCCAUCCGGGGCUUUGCCAGGGCGCUCCUGCUGUCACUGAAAGAAACAAUUAACAAAAUCAUAAUAAUGAUAAUAAAACAACAACCACCAACCAAAACUCAUCAUCCCCUCCAAACCUCGGUGCUGCACUCGCAGCACUUCUGUCUAAAAGCUCCUUUUCUGCUGUUCGUUCCACGCUCAGUCCGUUCACUCUGAGUUCUCAGGCACUGUGAGCACAGUGGCCAACGCGGUGCUGAAGAAGCUCAUGUUCAGAUUUAUUGCCAUGACAGCCAAUAAUACUGAUAAGAUUUCGCACGUUCCAUCAUGAGAGGGGCGAAUGUGCAAGGAGGGGCAGACGGAACCGGUGACUAAAACUGACCGACGCAGUUUUCCAUCCCAUAAGCGUCGUAUGCCCUGUAUCAGAGGGACGGCGCGAGGUCUCUCUCUCUUCAACCAUGGCCCUGAGGCCCCUGUCUAAGGAGAAAGGGGGUAGUGCCGUGGUUUAUUGUCGCCUUGCAAUUAAAUCUCAACAGUUGUUCUUAUUAACUGUUUCUCCAAGUUCUUUGACUUUCUGCCCUUUCCCUGGCCGUGGCCUUUUCCCAGAGCCCAUAGUGACAUUGAGCUGAACAGCAAAACCCCAGGAGAUAUUUGCAGAAUAUUCACAAGAAAAACCUUAAACAGAAAAACAUGCAACAGGAAAAGCUGGAGAUGCUGUUAUGGAUGAGCCCUCGAAGCCACAGGCAGCUGCAGCUCCAAGAACAAAGAGCUUCUGUGUUUAUUCAAACCAACCCUGCCAUCUGUUCCUGUUUGAUGUCAGCACUGUAAACACGUUAUCUCCACCUGCCCUUUGGAUCUUCCUCUGUUUGCAGCCAAUAUUUUCCAGGUGAGAACAACCUUCACCAGUUUGCAAAGGUAAGAAUUGGAUUUGGUUUUAAUCCUCAAACAUCUGAUCUCGAACAGGGUCUAAGUGAUGCAGCAUUUUGCUGCUGCCCCCAGCACCAAAUGAUUCCCGCUGCAGUGCGGUGAGUUUGGGGGCAAACAGCAGGUGAUGGGGCAAGAGGAGCAAAAGCACCAAGUGAGGAACAGUGGAGAAACCAAAUCAUCAGGAAAUAACCCCAAAUACUUGUGGGAAAUAACAUACUUUUGUGUCCCAAAAAGCCUGUCUAAAAUAUUAAAGGAGAACGUUGUUCUAGGUCGUGACCUCAGUAGGAGGAAACUAUGGCCAGUGGCUCAUGGAAAUAAAGGCACUUUUGUCUGGUGCCCAAGGGACAAAGAAUCCCUGCAGCAAACAGGAGUGAGUCCCUUGUCUGACAGCACCCGAAUGGUGCUGCAGCAAGAGAAAAACCCUUUAACUGGGAAAACAGAAAGGAAAUGUCACUGCUCCGCAGGCUCCAACUCACCCUGUGCAUGCUGAGCGGAAAAUGGGCUUUUCUGGGCCGCCUCCUUGGUCCAAAGCAGCUUCAGUUUCCAGCUUCCAGGAGCUGCUGGGAGAGGAGAGAGAGAUAUGAGAUGAGAUAAGAGGAAAGGGAAGCCAACUUCCACUGCCAGUUCUUUUCUCCACGUGGAGAAAUAACUGCGUGUUUCCCCUCCCCACCCACAGCCUCCAGCCGGCUGAGGGUUUAAACCCACGCAGGGACGCUCUCUGCUCCCCAACCCAAACGUAUCUGCGACCUGUAGGACGGGAGCAAGAAUCCAGCAAAUGGAAACAAGCAGAAGCGUCUGAGAACCGACACCGAGUCGGUGCCGAGAGCCGCCCCCCCAGGUGCUCCCUGCGGUCCCCACUCCUCUGGUCAGCACCGCCCCUUAGGAGCCUUUUCUUAUCGCUGUUUCUGGUUUGUUUUCUCAGUGAACGUCUCCCACCCUCCUCUGUCUCCCAAAGGGAGACCCGGGAAGCUCCGCGUUCCAAACCCAGGUCGGGCUCCACCAGGACCUGCAGAAUGGGGGCAAAGCUACGAGAGGCCCCAGGGCUGGACCCUGUGGGUACAGCAGGAGCAAGUCCCGUGGUUGCCGGGACGAGAUUCAGCACCGAUUGCGGUUCUGCUGCUGAUGUGAUGACUGAAGACCUCGAAAAACUGGGUUUUUUCCAUGUUGUAAUGCACCGCUCCAAGGAAUGAGGCCAGAUAAGGGCACAAGCCACAAUGGCAUGAUUUCAAUAAAACUGUGUAAAUAUUUAUC